CUGACCAAGUGCUCAAGAUAUGCCAGGCACGGUUCGACUUCAGAACCGAAAACAACAGCGGCCUCCUCUGUUUGCGGUCGGUGUCCAGACGGUCUCACUUCCCUUCACGGGAGCUGCCGUGGAGUGGCGAGGCGCCGUGUUCAGAGCGAGCCAUCAAAAAUAAGGAUUAAUUUAGAAGAUAACGUGCAGUAUGUUUCCAUGAGAAAUGCUCUAAAAGUGAGGAGACCUCGCUUUGAUGUAUCGCUGGUUUACUUAACACGAAAGUUUAUGGAUCUGGUCAGAUCUGCUCCUGGGGGGAUCCUCGACUUAAACAAGGUGGCGACGAAGCUGGGCGUGCGCAAGCGCAGGGUGUACGACAUCACCAACGUCCUGGACGGGAUCGACCUGGUGGAGAAGAAGUCCAAGAACCACAUCAGAUGGAUAGGGUCUGAUCUGAACAACUUUGAUGCAGUACCUCAGCAGAAGAAGCUGCAGCAAGAACUUUCCGACUUAUCUGCCAUGGAAGAUGCUCUGGAUGAGUUAAUUAAGGAUUGUGCUCAGCAGUUGUUUGAGUUAACAGAUGACAAAGAAAACGAAAGGCUAGCGUACGUGACGUAUCAGGACAUCCACAGCAUCCAGGCGUUCCACGAGCAGAUCGUCCUUGCAGUGAAAGCUCCAGAAGAAACCAGACUGGACGUCCCCGCUCCCAGAGAGGACUCCAUCACGGUGCACAUUCGGAGCACCAAGGGGCCCAUUGACGUGUACCUGUGCGAGGUGGAGCCGGGCCAAGCGAGUGGGAAGACAGCGGCCAGCGCGGGGACCUCUGCGUCCAGGAGCAGGUGUCCGGGACCCCCGGAUAAAGAGGAAGACCCUCCACAGCAAAGUGAAGAACUGCUUGAAGUGAGCGACUGAAAGCCUUUGAGAGUUGGGACGUUGAGUUUUAGAAAGUCCCAUGCGGGUGCGUUGCGCCUCAGAUCUAAGCCUCGGUGCAGCCCGUCACCUGUGGAGUUCUCGCGUUCUCAGUUAGUGGCCGCGUUACGGCCUGUAGUGACAUGGGUGGCUCGCCGCUAGAUUCCCAGUAGUUACGGUUUCCGCAUUAAAAAGCGAACUUUUUGUGACUUCACUGCUUGUUGUCAGUGAGAUGCUCGCCUGCUGAAGGACUGCACCCUGAGAGCAUCGUCAACAGUGCAGGCCUGAGUGGACGGGCUUCGUGGCUGCUGCCCCGUCCUCCGAGGAUCACCCGGAGCUGUCACAGUAGAAGUUGCCUUACACGCUUCACGCCUGCUGCGUGUGCCGUGCAUGCGGCAGGUGUGCAUGAGCCUCGUGCGAGGUCUGUAUCCGUGUGACAUCCAGGUUCCUCACGCAGUUUGUCUGAGUGAACCUUCGCCCUGUACAGCCAAGAUGAUGUAUAUAGGGAGAGUGACAGACGAAUCCUCUAAUUUCUGUGGUGUCUGUGACUUACUAGAAUCUUCUGCGUAGGGUUAGAGCAGCGUUUCUCCCCGACUCCUCCAUGUCGCGUGUCCUGGAUGUGCUGCGCAUUCGUGUCUGGGUUGGUUGCGGUGUCUCAGGCCCCUCUGCUGACCCGCACUCCCACCCCUGUGCUUACGCGUCCGAGCAGGCAGGCCCUGCCCGGGACCGAGAGGCAGAUGCAGACACGCCGCCACCUCGCAGCUUCGUGCCUCGCAGGACACGAACUCUGUUGUGGUGAAAGCGAUCUUAACGUUUAUGCAGCAGAUUUGGAUGCAGCCCCCCUCUUCUGUCAGAGGGGUCACCAGUGACGCGUUUAUUGUCCCCUGCCCUCUCCGGCUCUAGUCCCAUGUUUCCGAGUUCCCAGCUAUUUCUACCUCAUUUUGUGAGUCAUUUACCACUCUGUGCCUCAGUUUACUCAGUAGUUUACCAUUAGACUGUGAGCUCCUUGAGGGAAUUUGUCUUAAUCAUUGUUAUGCCCAGCGCCUUGCACCAUGCCUGGCACAUUAAAAAGUGCUUAAUAAAUGUUUGAACAAAUCCGCUCGUGCGUGCGU